GUGUCACUGUUAUUGGCCGGCUUGGCAGUUCCGGUUCCGCAGACAGACGUCUCCGUUACCGGUUCCGCAGUCAGACGUCGCUGUUACUUGUUCGGUGUUAGGAUGGCGGAUCUGCUGAGAUGGUGUGUGGGGGAGUUGGAAAGAUCAUUCGGGCUGAGUGGCAGCGAGGACAUCGUGCAGUACAUGCUGUCCAUUGAUAAUGAAGAAGAAUUUGAAGAGUACAUUAAUGACCUUGUCCAGGGCUCAGAUGAGAAAAAGUGUUCUUUUAUUCGUGAGUUGAAGGAUCGAUGGAGGAAGACCAAGCAACCAUCCAACUCAACCUCGCCACAGACAUACAAGAAAGAUGAGGCUUGCCACGUGCAGGGGCUGCUUUCAGGAGAGCUGGGCAAGAAAGGGAAACGAAAAGGCAGGAACAAGCUGGAACCUCUUCCUACACAGUCUUUAGUAAACACAACUGUUGAAGAAGUGAAGACUCCAAUGGACUUGGCUAAGGCUCAAGCAAUGGCCAGCCUCACAUCUACUAAGAAGAAACAAAAGUACGUCAACCUGUAUGCCAAAGAGGGUCAGGACAGACUGGCUGUGCUGAUCCCUGGACGCUACCCCUGCGAAUGCCUGGCCCAGAAACAUAGGCUUAUCAACAACUGCAUGGCUUGUGGACGUAUUGUGUGUGAACAGGAGGGCUCUGGGCCUUGUCUCUUCUGUGGGAACUUGGUGUGCACCAAUGAAGAACAGGAUAUUCUGCAGCGAGACUCAAACAAAAGCCAAAAAUUACGGAAGAAACUUCUGGGAGGCGCUGAGUCAUCCUUAAAAAUGGAUGUUUCUAGUAAAGACCUUUUACCCCGACAAGAGAUAAGAAUGAAAGAAGGUUUGGAAAGGGCCUUGCAACAUCGGGAUAGGCUAUUGGAGUUUGAUAAAACCAGUGUACGGCGAACUCAAGUGAUCGAUGACGAGUCUGAUUACUUCUCCUCCGAUACCAACCAGUGGUUGUCUGAGGCAGAACGUGAGGCAAUUCGUAGGAGGGAACAGGAGUUGCAAGAUCUACGUCACGCUUCUCGGCUCAGCCGCAAGGUCACCAUAGACUUUGCUGGCCGCAAAGUCCUAGAUGAGGGAGAGGAUCUGGCAGAGUACCACAAGAGGUUCGAUGAGACAGUUCAGACUAUUAAAUCGGGAACAGUGGUGCCACCAUCCAGGAGUUCCAGGGAAAAAUCAGAUGACUCCGUUUUACUAAAUCCCAGCGUGUUGCUCCCCCCACCCUUGUGGGUGGAUCAGGUUAGUGGCUCACACAGGAAGAAACCCCUCAUAGAAGGGACAGAAGAGCACCCAGAAAGGAGCCGGCUGCGCAUACAGGACCGGGAGCUGCAGGAGAUAAGUGACCAGGGCAUGUGUCUGAGCAUGCACCAACCUUGGGCUUCCCUAUUAGUAGCUGGAAUUAAACGGGUGGAGGGCAGGACAUGGUACAGUGCUCACAGAGGUCGUCUGUGGAUUGCAGCGGCUGCGAAAAGACCUUCCACGCAAGAAAUUUCCGAGAUUGAAGCUUCAUACAGAGUGCUGCUAGACAAAGAUGUGGCCUUUCCCAAAGAUUACCCCACUGGAUGCCUUUUGGGGUGUGUGGAAGUGGUGGACUGCCUGCCCCUGGAGCAGUUUAAAGAACAGUAUUCUUCACUCAGUCAGGAGUCCGCUUCUCCGUUUGUCUUUAUUUGCACCAAUCCACAAGAACUGUUUGUAAAAUUUCCCAUGAAAGGUCAACACAAGAUCUGGAAGUUGGAUUCCAAAAUACACCAGGGAGCCAAAAAAGGGUUAUUGAUGAGAAAAAGCCGGUCAUGACGUACAUUAGAAGACGCCAAGAAGAGUU